GUUUAUUGGCUGAGAAAAUAUAAUAUUCUUCCCUGGCCCUGCCUCUGCCUUGUUCUCUCCAACGCAGCUGCAGCUGCAGCUACAGCUACUACUAGCUAUGUAGGAGAUGUCAUAACAAGAAAUCAAACCAGUAAUCGAUUUCUCCGGAAGUCCAGUUUCUGAGUCCCCAACUCUUCGCCCGUUUAUACUCCCUCUCUCUGCCACCGCCUGCAACAUCAAUAUAGAGAGAGGCAAUAAACAAAAUGAAAGAAGAAAGCAGCCCUUGCCUUUCCGGCAUUCAAACAGACCUUUGUUUGCUUUUGGAUAGGCUGGUUGCGAGAAGGAUAGUAGUCUUUCAGGCACCUUCUGAUCCUUUCUUCACUCUCUUCUUCUUGCUGCUGUCUCUUUCCCUUCCUUCUCUUUUGACUGAAUAGUCGCACAGUCGUGUAGAAUCAAUCCUUGUUCCAGUAUUCUCCGCCAUUGCUGGGAAAACAAGAAACCCUCCUCCGCUUUUCUUCACUUGAAGAUGAUGCAGUCGUCCAUGGGCGAGAUCGACACCAAACACAUCGAAUCCGUUCAGGUAGCUCUUACCAUUUUCGAAGAGAAAGGGGACAAUCAGAAAAAAUUCGCCCCCACCCGGAGUACUAUUAAUCACACCAACUCCAUCCUUGAUCAGGCAGCAAAGGAAGGAAAGGACAUGAAUGGGCUCUCAAAGGAGUUGUCAAACUGCAAACUCCAACUCGAGGCAAAAGACUCGGAGCAAUCGCAGCUCCUCCACAGGAUUGAGCACUACAAGAACACAGUAGAGCAACUCACUCUUGUGUUGCAAAACUGCGAGUCCGACAAAGAGUUCCACAUCCAACAGCACCAUGAAGCCACCCUCCGGCUAAACGAGCUGGAGCCGAGGGCCAGGGAGCUCGGGGACCAAGCUGUCAAAUUGAGGGAGCAACUCUCCGACGUCCUCCAUCAGCUCAAAUGUAGCCAGGACGAGAUGCUCGGCAUCCAAGCCGAGCUCGCUGCCCUCAAGGACGAGAAAAACAAGGCCCUUGCAAGGGCUGAGGCUAUGGAAUCCAUGUCCAACUCCAACAAGGGGAGAGCCGAGGAGCUGCUGAAGCAAGUGGCUGAUGCUCAAGUGGAGAUGGCACUCGUCAAGUCGGAGCUCAUAAAGAUGAGGUCAAAGGUUGUUGUGGCCGAGGCAGUUGAGGCCAGAGCCAAGAAGCAAGGUGGUCUUGGGUUGGUGAAACGGCCAAUGCAUCUUACUCCAACCCCACAGCUUCAUGGCCCGCAACAUAACAUUCAAUGCAUAGCAUCUGAAGGCAACAAUAGUACUGAUGAGAAUUGUGAAGGGGGAGGAGGGAAGGUCAUGAUUUCAUUGGCUGAUUACGAGGCAUUGGUAGAGAGAGCUUCGACGGCGAACCAGAGUUUGUGGAAGGGCUAUGAUCAGUCAGCUUCGGAGUUGAGAGCUGAGUUGGAAGGUGCAAUGUCCAAGAUUGGAGACUUGAGGACAAGGGCAGAGCAGGCAGUGACAAGAGCUGAUGCAGCGGAGAAGGCCAAAGUUGAAGUUGAGGAGGCGCUGAGGAAGCUGCGGGAAAGGAAGCAGAAGAGGAAGGCAGCGCUGGCUGCACUAAGGGAGGAAUCCUUGUCUGCCAAGUUCAUUCGGUUGCCUACUACUGCAACUACUUAUUGUGCUCCUAAUAAAUCAGUUGAAUCUUCUCAGCCGUUGGGUAAGAUUCUGAACCUCACUUACUAGCUGGAUCUGGCCGAGUCUUCGUUCUGUGUAUUGAUCUUAAGACGUGAAAAUUCCAAUGUUUUUUCGUGGAACCCUUUUUUUUUUUUUUUUUUUUUUGUCUUUUGGAAAGGAAUAUGGAUAUGAUUGGUUUGAGUCAAGCUUAUACAUUUUCUGAAGAAUUCAGUUACAUGCUUACAUGAAAUAAAGUUCAUUUCUUUUGAGCACUUCUUACAUCAUUUAUACGGUUAGCCAGCCCGUCUGGAUCUUGUAUGGUGAUUGUACCUACCAUCUCACUCUAGACAUAGAUCAAGCCUGAGACUACUCCUUCUUGGUCAAUUCAUGUUUUAUUUUUACCAGCAAGGAACCCGCUCGCUUGCGCUUCGCGCUAAAUGAAAAGUUCUAUUUAUA